AUGGUCUCCGACUCAGACAUCAACUACUUGCGCCGUUGCGUAGACCUAGCUCGUGAAGCUCUCGAAGCGGGUGAUUCCCCAUUCGGGUCCGUGCUAGUGGAUGCCACCGGCAAGAUUAUCUACGAGGAUCGCAACCGGACCGUAACGGAAGCAGAUGUCACCUGGCACCCGGAGUUCACCAUCGUCAAGUGGGCCCAGAAGAACCUGAGUCCGACGGAGCGCGCUGCUGCCACAGUCUACACUUCUGGCGAGCACUGCCCGAUGUGCGCGGCUGCUCAUGCAAACGCGGGCUUGGGACGAAUCGUUUAUGCUAGCUCUACUGCUCAAUUUGUGCAAUGGAGGAUGGAGAUGGGCAUACAGCCUGGCCCGGUUGCCCCAUUGCCAAUUAAUCAGGUGGCACCUGAUCUGCCCGUUGAUGGUCCUGCUCCGGGUCUGGAUGAGGAGGUUCGGGGGUUGCAUCAGGAAAAGCAGGCUAGAAAUGUAUCAUGA